CAAAUCUAGAUCUCAGCAGCUUCUGAGAGAUUGAAAAAAAAUGAGUUUAAUUCAUCAAGUAAUUCUAUAUUUAUUUGUGAGGACCACUCUCUGUCAAAAUUACACAGUUACUGUUUCCUUCAACAAAACAAAGCACAUUACAAAGAUGUACGGAGAGUGCUUUAAAAUACCUUAUGAAUAUACCCCACCAUGGAAAAAUGUAACGUUUCUUUAUACAGAGGUCUGGUUUUAUGGAAAUACGGAAUUGAGAAAUGGCCCUUUAACGUUUCCAAGACACAAUGGUUUGACAUUGCAAUCGCUGCCACCAGGAGAGUAUGUUUUUGGCUUGAGACUUGAGUGGGGACACAAUAAAACAUACACAUAUCCAAAAACUGUUCAAGUUUCUGUGUCUGCUUCAACAAAAAGCCCCGAGGUGACAAUGCAUAAUCUUAUCAAAGGACAGCCAACUAUUCUGCGAUGUACUGCUCCUAUGCUGUGCAACAGAGAAUCUCCCGAAAUCUCAUGGACAGGGCCAAAGAUGACUCCCAUCCCACGACGGCACAACAUUAUGCGGUACAGCCCGAAGACUAGCACAGUUCAGAUCACCCCCAGAGCAGAGGACCAUAACACCAACGUCACAUGUCGACUGCAUUACAGAUAUAACGUUCUAACUGAAAAAACUGUCAUCUUGAAAGUACAAUAUCCACCUAAAAUAUUAAGUUCUUCUAAGUGUGUUCACAAAGAAAAUACAAUUGUUUGCAAGUGUAUAAGUCAAGGAAAUCCCCUGCCAUCUAUACACUGGUUUAGCCCCAAUGAAUUCAGCGUCACAAAGUAUAAUGACAGCCAAACUGCAGAAGGAAUCAUGCACAUUCAAGAAUCUUACAACUUUACCAUAAGAUGUGUCAGCAGCAACUACCUGGGAAGUGAAACAAAGAAUUUCACUGCUCAAAGAAGCAUCUCCAACCCUACUUGCGAAACAAAAAAUGCUGUAAGUGUACCCUGGAGCAUCACUGGUGUUUCCCUUUGCCUGUGCCUCGUCAUGCUCAUAAUAGUCAUUUUCCAGUACAAACAGGCUCAAAAAAGAAAAUGCAAUGAAGAAGUGAACAUGUAUGCUAAUCUGAGGAGGACCGCUGUGGAGCAGGAGUACAGUAAUAUUUCUCCACACCACAAUUUAGAAUAACUUAAAUGGC